CCCCCCGCCCUACUCAGGGACCAGACUCUCGCAGCGAGGGAGAGGGAAGAAGCCGGGCAGGCCGGGACGACGAGUCAGACGAGGCUGAGCCGCCAUCGACCGUCGACCCCGCUCGGGCCACGCCACGGAAGGAGGAGGAGAAGAAGGACGGGUGGGAAAUCUGGGGCGCCAUGGAGACUGUUACUCUCUACCAUAAUAUCUUCCUGCAAUACUUAAACCAAACAAGAAUUGUGGUGAAUGAAAAAUGCUCUGGGAUGGAACCAUGGCAAGUCAUCGCAUCAACAGCCGCUGCUACCUUGCUGAUUGUGAAGCUAUACAUGUUUCUUUUCCAGGCAGAAAGUUUAACAUCACGAUUUAAAAAAUGGUUCUUCAGAUUUAUACGCAAGCUGCCCAUCAUUGGUCCCAUCAUCCAGCAACAGAUAGACAAGACUUUGGAUGAGAUGUCUGCCAAAUUGCCCUUUUUGCAAGACAAGAAAAAUUAUAUCAGGAGCCUGCCAGCAAUAGGUCUCAGCAAGCCAGAAUUAUUGAAGAAGAUGAAGGAAUACAGCACUAUGGGUAACGUAAAUUGGAAAGACCGCAAAGUAUCUGGCACAGUGUACAGUGGGGAGGAGAAACUCGUUAAUCUGCUUGUUAAGGUUUAUGAGGAAUUUGCAUGGACUAAUCCACUUCAUCCAGAUGUAUUCCCAGGUGUGAGGAAGAUGGAAGCAGAGGUUGUGAGAAUGGCUUGCACACUUUUUCAUGGUGGACCUAAAUCAUGUGGAACAAUGACAUCUGGAGGAACAGAGAGCAUCCUGAUGGCCUGUAAAGCCUACAGAGAUUUGGCUUAUGAAAAAGGAAUAAAACAUCCAGAAAUGUUGGUGCCAAUAAGUGCCCAUGCAGCAUUUGACAAGGCUGCCCAUUAUUUCAGGAUUAAGAUUGUGCGUAUUCCAUUGACAGAACUGAUGCAGGUGGAUGUGAAGGCAAUGAAAAAAGCCAUUACCAAGAAUACAGCCAUGUUGGUCUGUUCAAGCCCACAAUUUCCUCAUGGAAGUAUUGACCCCAUUGAGGAAGUAGCGAAGCUUGCCCUGAAAUACGAUAUUCCCUUGCAUGUGGAUGCCUGCCUGGGAGGCUUCCUCAUUGUCUUCAUGGAGAAGGCCGGCUUUCCUUUACCGCAGCGUUUUGAUUUCCGAGUGAAAGGUAUCACCAGCAUUUCUGCAGAUACGCAUAAGUACGGCUACGCGCCAAAGGGCUCCUCAGUGAUAAUGUACAGCGAUAUGAAAUAUCGGCAUCACCAGUUCUUCAUUGCCCCUGAUUGGCAAGGAGGAAUUUACCCUUCGCCCACGAUUGCUGGUUCCAGACCUGGAUGCCUUAUUGCAGCUUGCUGGGCAACCAUGGUGCACCUAGGAGAACAAGGUUAUGUGGAAGCCACCAAGAAGAUCAUCUCAACUACAAGGUUCAUCGUAUCUGAGUUGCAGAAAAUGGAUCACAUCUGUAUCAUUGGCAAACCAGAGGUUUCUGUCUUUGCUUUCAAGUCUGAUUCAUUUGACAUUUACCUAUUGUCAAACCUGUUAAUAGCCAGAGGAUGGAAUCUUAAUAUUUUACAAUUCCCUCGAAGUAUUCAUUUUUGCAUAACGCUGCUACAAACAGAACCUGGGGUGGCUGAAGAACUGCUGAAGGACAUCAGAGAGUGUGUCUCUGAGGUCAUGAAGAAUCCAAAGGAAAAAACCACUGGCAUGAGUGCAAUCUAUGGUCUGGCGCAAACCAUUCCUGACAGAAACCUUGUUUCAGAAAUUGUUGGCGGUUAUUUGGACAGCCUCUACAGCACAGGUGUAGAGUCCCCCUUGACUGAUACGCACAUGAAUGGUUCUCCAAGCCCCCAUUGAUUUUUAAUCAUGUAUCACAAUUGUUGGAUGAAGACACACUAAACAAUUCAAAGGAAAGGUAAUAUCACUUGGGAGUGUUUCUUCUGCAGAUGCAGCGAUCUGUUGGCAUAACAUUCCCUUUUAGGUUAAACACAGGUUCAACUCCCCCCUAGCUUUAGAUUGGCUGUUCAGAUCUGUGAAACGUCAGGAAUUCUCUCUCUCUCUCUCUCUUAACUUCUGAUAAUUAUUUGUAUAUCUUAAUGACGACUCAACUGCUGCUUCUAGUCGUCCCAAGACACGGCAAGCUUAAGGGCAAUGCAAGUCAGGUCCAUCAUUGUUCAUGCUCAGGUGUUUGGAAUUACUUCAGUGGACGGAUACAGAUAUCUUGGCUGACGUUCGCACCGAGCAGUGGAUUCAACAACAGGUUGCGCCUCCUUCACAGAUGAUAGGAUAAAGUGUUUGGUUCACUCUGUGGGAAUUUGCUCUGAUUGAGAGGAAGUGGAUCAAAGGGGAAAAAGGGACACUUCCUUCUUUCCUUGUAUCUUCGGGGUGCUUUUCUCUUUUCCCUAAUUUUUUUUGUUAUUGUGACAUAUCUCUCCCCCCCUCCCCAAGUCUUUGAGCCAUGGAGAUCCACGAAGGUACUAAGGAUAAAAUGGUUCUUCCACAUCUACUUUCUGUGUUAACUACAGUAGGAGAAAGCAAAUUGCAUUUCUUCAGUGUCACUGAGAAGUCGAGAUGUUCGGCUCCUUCAACUGCUCCCGUGCAUAGCUCUGCCAUUGUGUUAAACGCCUUUAUGGACUCAAAAGAGAACCGGGGACUCAGAAUGUAAUUAUUUGUAGGACCUCCCCAGGCCAGUGCUCCCUUUCAGGCGUUGCACUGAUUUAUCAGACCCAUUCUCAAGAGAGCACACACAGAUUUGCC